GAGAGAGGAAAGCUCUUUUUCGGUCAGAUGGCGUCCGCCCCCAGGUUUCUCGCACCCACACAACCAGCAAAAAGGCAGCCAGCAACCAAUACGGUUCGCCGGGGGGAAGAUAACUGCCAACGAAUUCAGACGAGUUAUGGGAUUUAGCUGGUGUCAACAGCAGUCAGAAGUGAGAAAGAUAACGAUUGUACAGGGAAAUAAAGCGAUUAUAUAAAUACAUUUAAGGCAUUUACAAUAGGUUGUGUACAAUAGCUUUUUAAAAAGUGUGUAUUUAUCAAAUCUCUUACAUUGAUGGAAACUUAGUUAACGGGACUGGAUGGCACUUAAAGAAAGAGUCGUCGAGGGAUGAGACUUUCGAUAAGGUAAAAAGUGAGAUAACAAUUAGGAUUGCUGAUAUAACUUUAUUUUUUAGAUAAUCUAGCCUAUUACGAGGUUCAACAGAUUGCGCGAAAACUGGAUUCGGGUCACUCAGUGCGCGCAGGUCCCUUCUGCCAAUUCAGCCAUCGGACGAUUUGAACGAGUUCUACGCCAUGUCUCUGCCGCGUAUGCUGGGCGAGCUGCAGCUGUACCGGGUGCUGCAGAGGGCCAACCUGUUGGCCUACUACGACACCUUCAUCCAGCAGGGCGGUGACGACUUGCAGCAGCUCUGUGAGGCUGCAGAGGAUGAGUUCCUGGAGAUCAUGGCGCUGGUCGGCAUGGCGACCAAGCCACUGCACGUGCGCCGUCUACAGAAGGCCCUCCGCGACUGGGCAGCCAACCCGGCCCUCUUCAACCAGCCCCUGGCCAACAUGCCCCUGAGCGGCAUCCCGCUGUUCAAGGUGGACGGAACGGGUGCCAGCGGAACCAGGAAGUCCCUGAGCAAUGGGCAGCCGGGGUCGCCAUUCGACAGGGAGGACAGGGCGUGCCUCACCCCUAUGCACAGCGGGAGCCCCAGAAGCCCCUGCUCCCGGGCCUCGCCACAGCCCCCGGACACCCACUACAGGGGCAAGCUGUCCCCAAUGGACCCGCACUGGCUCAGCCCAGAGCCGGAUGGGAACAGUGUCUCGGUGUCUGCCUCAGGGGUGGACGAGGAGCAGCCCAGCCCACCUCUACUCCCCACUCGUACCCCAGGUCCCUCCACGCCCGCAGCCUCCUCCUCCUCCCUCUCCCCGGUGGUCCUCUCAGCCUGGCCUGGGGGCCAGCUGGACGGGGAGACGGCACGGGCAGUGGGGGAGAGCGUAGACAGGCUCCUGAGGACCCUGCCCAGGUUGGACCCCAGAGAGGUGAAAACACUCCUUAGGAUGAACAAGAAGAUGGCCAAGACGGUGGGCCACAUCUUCAAGAUGGCACCCCAGGACAUGGCCAAGGAGGAGGAGAUCCGCAAGUACAGCCUCAUCUACGGCCGCUUCGACUCCAAGAGGAGGGAGGGCAAGCAGCUCACACACCACGAGCUGAUCAUCAAUGAAGCGGCCGCCCAGUUCUGUAUGCGUGACAACGCUCUGCUUCUGCGACGGGUAGAGCUCUUCUCAUUGGCUAGACAGGUGGCAAGAGAAUGCGCCUACACCUCCACACUCAAGCAUGCCAGAACAAGUGCAGAUGACUGCAGUUUACCAUCCCAAAAGAGAGUGAAACAUGAGGUGAUAGUGUCAGAGUGUGUGUCCUCCCUCCAUGGUGUGGAGGGUUCAGAGGGGGUGUCCCAGAGGGCUGACGAGGACAGCUUAUCAGGAGAAAGUCUGGACAGCUUAACACAAGACGUAGCCUCACAGUGCAACCAAUCUCCAUCCCCCCGCCCCCCCACCGACACCUCCAUCCCUGCAAACUGGAGUCGCCAUCUCAUGCAACAAACGCUCAUGGAUGAGGGGCUGCGAUUGGCUAAGAUGGUGUCACAUGACCGAGCUGGCAAGAUCAGCCUUAGGUCAGAGGGGACACAUACCACAGACUUUGAGGUAAAGGUGGAGAGAAGGGGCUCGAUAGCAGUGUGCAGCAGCAGCAGCCCUGGCAGCACCAAAGAUUACUCGGACCACGGGGGAAAGUAGUGAAACCAACCACUCAUCAUCUUGAGAACCCAUCAACAACCCUGCCUCUCAGCUCCACUCAGAUCUUGGAGGGCCCAACUCAGCAGGCUUUCCAUCUGUACUUAAACCAUUGACACUUGGGAGUACUGGGGAGGGGAGGUGGAAUGAAUCAUUCCAAUCUAAAUAAAGUUUGGAUCCCAAAUGACACCCAAUUCUCUACAUAGUGCACUACUUUUGAUCAGAACUCUGGUCAAAAGCAGUGCAUUAUAUAGGGAAUAGGGUGUUAUUUUGGACGGAGCCCAUGAUUGGCUGAAUCGGGUGGUUCAGGGAGAGGUAAAGCAUCAUAAACCUUCUAAUACUAUGGCAUUCCAGUACUGAAAUUGAGGGAUAGGCACUCUACAACUUUACCUCUGUAUAUAGUGUGCCCAAACACUCCUGCGAGGGCAUUAGCCACAUGCAUCCACAGGGCUACGGUAACACUUACACAAAUGUAGGAGGUUUGUCACACACUGAUGUGACAAUGUCUCAGUUUGCCCACUUUGAACAUAAUCCCAAUCCCCAUAAUCCCCUCCUCCCCCACCCCGCCCCCAGGACAAUGGAUGCAAAAUGUUGAUAUCAUGACUAACUUUUGGUGCUAUUUUCGUUCUGUUGAUACAAGGUUGUCACUGAGAUUAGGAUAAGUAUCUGUUAUGACACUACCGUUAAAGAUUGGUUUUACAAAGUGUCACUAUUUUGAGUGUUGACCGUUAGAUGAUAAAGGCAAUGUGUACAGAGAAGAUAAUCAGGUUCAGAGGCCUUUUUCUUCCAAUACUGCAGCAACUGUCACUGACAUCCACUGAAACUAUGUUAAUUUAGAGGAGUGGGUUUGGAUGUUAAUAUGUUAACACUAUUGAGCCAUGAGAUUAUAUUUGUUGGUGAACUCAACAUUCUUUGAUUUAACUUAAUAAGGCUUAAAACAAGCAACAAUAAUUUGCAUAACUCUUGAGGCAAUAACUGAGUUAACAAUGACAAGAAUGCUCAUCUCCCAAUGUUAUUUUUUUAAUACAGUAUGUAUGUCGUAUCAAACACUAAAUUCUUUGAUUAUGGAGUUUUGGAGAAUUGACUUUUUUUGGUAAGAAUACAUAGUCAGAUGUUACUGGGAAUGAAUGUUUAAAAGAAAGGUGUUUGGAUGGUUAGGAAAUCAGGGAGAAUCCAGGACAUUACAUUUUCUGCAUCCGAAAAGGUCCCCUAUUUCCUAUAUAAUGCACUACUUCUGACCAGGGCCUACCUCUAGUCAAAGAUGGUGCACUAUAUAGGAAAAAGGGUGCAAUUUGGGAUGGACACAUUAUUUCCAUGAAGUACCUAAACUGUAACCUCCUGCCUCACAAGCAUUAAACAACCUCUUCUGUUUGUUAUGCUGAACAGCAGAUUAUUUAUUUUGUUAAAUCUCAAUAAAUGUUAUUUUAUUGUUUUAAAA